AUGGUUAUUUCCUGGUUCGUUUCACGAACGACAUUGACUAUGAGAGAGCAAUUACUGGUGGACCAUGGAUGGUGGGAGACAAUUACCUGA